UACUUUCAAUCAUCCCCUAAUUUAUUUUAAUGACAUGAGUGCAGGUAAGAAAACAACCAAAUCUUAACAAACUCUCCUAUUCUGCAUGAUAACUGAUGUUUUAGAAAAAUGUAUUUUAAUUUAAAUAAUUGUUUCAAUUUUUAAUUAAAACUAAAUAUGUUUCCUUUCUUUUUAUCAUUUGUGUUCAUUGUAUUGUUUUUGUAUUGGUUGAAUUGUGUUUAGAAAGAUAACUAAUAAACUUUUAGUUUAAAAAUAAUUUUUUGCACAUGUGAAUUUUUUUAAAUAUCACGUACCAUGAAAUAGAGAAAAUAUUAGUUAAGAUAUUAUAUUUUAAUUAAAAAUGAUAACUAAGAUAUUUUAUAUUCUUUUAAGAAAAUACUAUCCCCUAUAUAUUAAAGGAUAAACACUUUUAAAAGUUUCCUUAAAGGUGUAUUGGCAAGGUGUCUGACGUGGCUUCAUAAGAAGCUUUCAUUUACCAAAGCGCGUAUGUGUCACGCAGAGAACGUUUCUCACAAAAAAAACUGAGUUUAAUUCAAACAUGACUUUUUUUAACAGAACUAUAAUAAUAAUCUCGAUGACUUUCCUUCUGACAUAUCUUCGAUGUACACAGUUUUCUCAACGACGUUUUUUAGUUAUUUUCAUCCAGCUUCGAAUACAUCAUAUAAUCUCGGUUGUAAAUAUAAUCAUAGAUCCAUGAUCAACACUAACAAAAAUCCUCUUAUCUUGUGUUACCCUUUAUCUCCUGAUCUUGAUGGAAGCGUUCGAAGAGCUGAUAGCAACCUCAAAGGAGCAAUCACUGAUCCUCAAAGGGAAGCGGACAAAGCGACAACGUCCACAAUCACCUGUUCAUUUCUCUAUCUCUCCUCCUAUAGUUUCUUGCCCCGCACGCGACGUUAUAGAGGAAUACAUUUAUCUUGAUUUCAAAGAAAACGCCUUAGGCAAUAAUGUCGAGAACCACAAGAAGGAUGGUGUGAUCACAUCUUUAUCUUCGUCAGCCUCUUGGUCUUCUAACAACAACCCAACAACAUUGAAAGCCAAAGAAGACGAGGAAGAUCUAGACAUAGCCAGUUGUUUGAUCCUCCUUUCCCAAGGCCACUCUCUUCCACAGCUCAAGAUACCUAACCAUGAAACAAACAACAAUAACACGUAUAAAUUUAGCAGCAGGAGGUUCCUAGAGACUUCUUCAUCUAACGGUGGUGGUAAAGCUGACAGCUACGUUUAUCAGUGGAAAACAUGUGACUGGACCUUCUCUUAUUUUCAGGCUUUAGGUGGCCAUAGAGCUAGCCACAAGAAACAUAAGGCAACCUCCUUUUAUUCCAACCUUGACCAAGUUUUUUUGUAUGAUGACAUGUAUGUUCAGAUGGUACGAAAAAAUCGUGUUUUUGUGUAUAAUCACAUCUGUGUGUCCAGCUUUCUUUUGUAUGACCGCAGUAAGGAACCAAUUUAG